AUGAAUAGCGAAGACAAUUGCAGCAGAAACAAGUUAAGAAGGAAUACGACCGACACGACAUAUACGACAGACACGACGGACCCGACCGACACGACAUAUAGGACCGCCACGACAUAUACGACCUACACGACUUAUACGACAAACGCACCAGACACGACCGACAUGACAGACACUGCUUACCCAACCGACACGACAUAUACGACAAACACUAGACACAACCGACACGAAAGAAACGACCGACCCGACGACACGACAUAUACGACAGACACACCAGACACGACAUGUACGACAGACACACCGGACACGAUUUAUACGACAGACAGAACCAACCGACACAACAUAUACGACAGACACACCGGACACGACAUAUACGACAGACAGAACUAA